CUUAGUGUAAAAAAGAAAACAGCAGGGCUGGUUAGUUAUCGCGCGAUCGCGAACUUCAACAGACCACCAGACGGAAAUAAAGAUCGAGCCGGUGACUCAGUGAAGUGAAGUACAGAAAGUAGACACAAAAAGAAACGCAUAAUUUCUUAAAAAAAAAAACUAGACCACCUUAAUACUUUAAUUUCAUUUUUGGGUUAAUCGAAAACAUAGCAAAAAAAUGUCACAAAAAGCUGAUAUUGCCUUGAUAGGUUUAGCCGUCAUGGGUCAAAAUCUUAUACUAAACAUGGAUUCUAAAGGUUUUGUGGUCUGUGCCUAUAAUCGUACAGUGGAUAAGGUUGAACACUUCCUGCAGAAUGAGGCCAAAGGCACCAAAGUCAUAGGUGCCACAUCGUUGGCUGACAUGGUUAGCAAACUAAAGACUCCACGCAAAGUCAUGAUGCUAGUUAAAGCUGGCCAAGCCGUAGAUAGUUUUAUAGAGCAACUUUUGCCAUUGCUCUCACCCGGUGAUGUGAUCAUUGAUGGUGGCAAUUCCGAAUAUUUGGAUACCGCUCGCCGUUGUGACGAACUAAAGGCCAAGGGUAUUUUUUUCGUGGGCUCUGGUGUUAGUGGCGGCGAAGAAGGUGCUCGCUAUGGCCCCUCACUUAUGCCUGGCGGUCAUCCCGAGGCUUGGCCCUUAAUCAAGCCCAUAUUCCAGGCUAUAUGCGCCAAAGCCGGCGAUGAACCUUGUUGCGAUUGGGUAGGUGAGGGUGGUGCUGGUCACUUUGUCAAAAUGGUUCACAAUGGCAUUGAGUAUGGUGAUAUGCAAUUGAUUUGUGAGGCCUAUCAUAUUAUGACCAGCUUGGGCAUGAAACCCGAUGAAAUUGCCCAAGAAUUUGAUAAAUGGAAUAGCGAAGAGCUGGAUUCAUUCCUCAUAGAGAUUACUGCGGAUAUCUUGAAGUACAAAGACAGCAAGGGCCAUUUGUUGGAACGCAUACGCGAUACUGCUGGACAAAAAGGUACCGGCAAAUGGACUGCCAUUGCCGCUCUACAAUAUGGCAUACCGGUAACGUUGAUUGGUGAGGCGGUGUUUUCACGUUGCCUAUCGGCUUUAAAGGAUGAACGUGUGUCGGCCAGCAAGCAGUUAAGUGGACCCAAUACUCCCAUUAAAGUGGAUGACUUGAAGACAUUCCUUAAUGAUAUCAAACAUGCUUUGUAUUGUGCCAAAAUUGUUUCUUAUGCCCAAGGCUUUAUGUUGAUGCGUGAGGCGGCCAAUGUCAGCAAAUGGAAUUUGAAUUAUGGUGGUAUAGCCCUUAUGUGGAGAGGAGGUUGCAUCAUAAGAAGCGUCUUCUUGGGCAAUAUUAAGGAGGCCUAUGAAAAAGAUCCCAAAUUAACAAAUCUUCUACUGGAUCCUUUCUUCAAAAAAGCCAUUGCUGCUGGCCAAGAUUCUUGGCGUCGAGUAGUUUCCAAAGCUUUUAUGUGGGGUGUACCUGUGCCUGCCUUAUCAACUGCCUUGUCAUUCUAUGAUGGCUAUCGUUCCGAACGUUUGCCCGCCAAUCUGUUGCAAGCUCAACGUGAUUACUUUGGUGCUCACACCUAUGAAUUGUUGGGUGAAGAGGGAAAAUUUGUGCACACAAACUGGACGGGCACUGGGGGAAAUGUGUCGGCUAGUACUUAUCAAGCCUAAAAGGAAUCCAGCGCUUAAACGAAUUUAUUUCCAUUCGAAUAUUUUAUUCCACUUCUUGCUGAAAUGUAUUUCCAUACUCUCCAAUGACUCAUUAGUUGUAGCAUUUUCUACAGCAUCUUUUUGUUGGGGCCUCAACACUUCCAUUCAUUGUUGUUUUAUUUAAUUGUCUGCUUAAAUAUAAUUAUCUCAUACACACAUUUGUGUAGGUUAUGUAUAUGCAAUCGUUUAAGUUUAUUUUUUUUAUAUGCAUAAUUAAAUUAUAAAAUGUUAAAGAA